UCCAUCAGAGCCAUCAACACCAUGGAACCCAUAAACCACACAGCGGCUUCAGAAUUCCUUCUCCUGGGACUGACAGAGGACCCAGCCCUACAGCCCCUCAUCUUCAGCCUGUUCCUGUCCAUGUACCUGGUCACCAUCCUGGGAAACCUGCUCAUCAUCCUGACUGUCAGCUCUGACCCCCACCUCCACACCCCCAUGUACUUCUUCCUCUGCAGCCUGUCCUGCACUGACAUUGGCUAUACAACAUGCACCAUCCCACAGAUGCUGGUCAACAUCCAAAUGCAGGAUCAGACCAUCACCCACACACGCUGCCUCACCCAGGUUGGCUUUGUCAUAAUUUUUGCACUUGUGGAAAGUUUUCUCCUUGCAGUGAUGGCCUAUGACCGCUAUGUGGCCAUUUGUCACCCCCUGAGGUACGCAGUCAUCAUGAACCCCCGCCUGUGUGUCCUGCUGGUCCUGGUCUCCCUGCUCGUUAGUGUGGCUGACGCCCUCCUCCACACACUGCUCUUGCUGCGGCUGUCCUUCUGCACACACCUGGAGAUGCCCCACUUCUUCUGUGAACUUGCUCAUGUCAUCGAGCUCUCCUGUUCUGACACCCUCACUGAUAACAUCACAGUAUUUGUUGCAGCAUGUAUAUUUGCUGGUGUUCCUCUCUGCGGGAUCAUUUUCUCUUACGUUCACAUUGUGUCCUCUGUCUUGAGAAUGCCUUCAUCAGAAGGAAAGCAUAAAGCCUUUUCCACCUGUGGGUCUCACCUGUGUGUUGUCUCUUUGUUCUAUGGGACAUCUUUUGGGGUGUACAUUAGCUCUGCAGUGACUGAUUCCCCCAAGAAUUCUGCAGUGGCUUCAGUGAUGUAUGCUAUUGUCCCUCAAAUGCUGAACCCCUUUAUCUACAGUCUCAGGAACAGGGACAUGAAGGAGGCCUUGAGGAAACUCUUGGGUAGGACCGGUUCUCUGCUAUGA